UAUAAGUGUGUAGAAUAGAAUGAAAUGCAAUAGGUCAAGUGAGAGACAAAGAGAGAUCACAAUUAUCAUGGGUGCCAAGUGUUUCUCAUUUCUAGUUCUUGUUGUUGCAAUGGUCUUAUCCAUGUUUCAUGCACAAUCUGAUGAGAAUGUAAGUUGGGGUGAUCAAACUGUUCCACACAAAAUGGGUAUGGAGAAGAUGACAAGGUUACAUUUUUACUUUCACGAUGUUGUUACAGGCGAUAAUCCAACGGCGGUUAGAAUAGCUGAAGCACGGGGAACAAAAUCAUCCUCAACAAUGUUUGGAGCAUUGUACAUGAUUGAUGAUCCGUUAACCGAAGGUCCCGAUCCGGAUUCUAAACUUGUGGGUCGAGCUCAAGGUUUUUAUGGACAUUCCGGGAUGAGUGAAAUGUCACUGAUCAUGGGAAUGAGUCUAGUUUUUACUGGGAAUGAGAAAUUUAACGGGUCUAGUAUCAGUGUUUUUACUCGAAAUCCUAUCACACAUACGGAUCGACAGUUUGCGAUCGUUGGAGGAACCGGGUACUUUCAGUUUGCGCGUGGGUAUAUAAGCGGCAAGACAUAUCGAAUUAGCGGGCCAGAUGCUAUCGUUGAGUAUAAUUGUACCAUCAUUCACUACUAAUUCAUGUUUAAUGUUUUGAAUGAUUGUAGUUUCGAAUUUUCAAGUCUGGGUAGGAUAUUUGCUUACAACUCCCUUUCCUCCCAUUUCCAUUUCUUGUAUGGUUUUUACCGACAAAUGAAAAGUUUAACGGGUGGUUACUAUUACUAUUAGUGUUUUAAGCCACAAUUAAUCCUACCACCCAUACAGAGAGCAAGAAUUUUCCACCGGGUAUUUUCACUUUGCACGCAGGUUUAUUAGUACUAUCGUCAAGUAUAACUGUACGUACUAUCGUUCAUUCAAGCUCGGUUCCGGUUCAGUCAGGCAAAUCGGAUUCUAGUCCAACGUCCCAGAUCCCUUUUGGGUCCAAUCUUGUAUUUGUUUCAGUUAUUGCAUAUGUAGCCAUAAACUUAUCUCUACGGCACUUCAGCUGGUAGCUGAGGAGCUUUUUCAGAGAAAAUGCAUUUUGGGAAACAAAAAAAAAAA